AAGCGCCCAGGCAACGCUAAUGCUCCUCAGCUCUAAUCAACUCGACUGUCAAACGCCCUUUUACCGUAAACUGUGUUAAUUAUUUAAGUUAAAAUGCUUUAGCCUUUAAUAUCUGAAUCUAAAGUGGAGACCAGUUUGAACCAGACUGCUGCAGACAUAAACAAGAGAUGAGUUUCGAGGCAAAGCGAUGUGGAGUUCAGUUCAGUCCCCCCUCUAUAGUUUUAAUUUACCAACACAAGGAAACUAAAAAUGUGCGAAAAAGAAUAAUACCUGUGCGGAACUUCUCAAAGUAUUCUGACUACAGCAUGGCUGCAGAGAGGCUGAAGAACCACCCCCGGCACAGGGACUACCUGGAGGGUGUGACACAGAGCCAGCUGGAGAAGCUUCACAUCAUCCUGCGAGAUCACAUGCAAGGCUACACCUUGGAGCACAGCCUGGCCUCGCUCCGCCUGGACCCUGACGAAGACCUGAACAAACUGGACGAUGACGAGCUGGCUCGCAAGAAGGGCCAAAUGGACGAACUGUUCGAGAAGAAUCGGAGGCGCAAAGACGAUCCUGACUUUGUUUACGACGUGGAGAAGGAUUUCACCAAGACCGCCCAGGAAAAGUGCAGCUGGGAUGAGGAGUCUGAUGAUGGAUUUUGAAACUGUUCUUCAAUCCUUUGACCUUUCAGACUGCAAAUGACCUGACCUGACGUCCUCUGAGAGAACAAGACAAUCUGACACAGCUGAGGUUUACUACAAUGUUUUACACAUGGUUAACUUCUGAUGUUUGGUAGCUUUUUCCAGGACAUAUCUUCUUGCACACAGAUAGUUAAUUAGGUGCACAUAUUUAAAAACAGUCUAAUGCACCAACUGUGAUAAACUAUCUUCACAGAAGUUAUACUGCCCAGUUUUAGAGUGUCAUAUGACUUUAAGGUGUGGAAGAAAACUUUUUAAAAACUCUACAGUAGGCCUUUAUCUCUUAAUCUUUAUCUUUAAUUUUCUGUGAAGGCAGAAAACUAAAUGAAAUACUUUAAGUUUGGAGAACGGUGACGACCUGAAUACAAGCUACAUUUACAGAGCCUUCACUCUCUGCUUAACAGCAUCAGCCUGCAUUAGAAAAGUAAGCAGUUAAAACUAAAGCGCUAACAGGACAAUGGCCAUAUA